CCCGGUUUGCGUCUCUCCUGCCCAACCCUUUCACGGCAUGCAAACGGUCAGGUGAAGGUGGCCAACGUUCACUGGAUCUGCAACGGCCCGAGGAGGAGCUCCCUCUUUCGUUCCAAGACUCUUUGGUGCAACAUUCGACCUCAAAGGACCGAGCACGCAAGCCGAGGGCAGCUGCUGUGGCCUCACGCUCGAGGCUCGGCCGCGUGCUGUUGCUUGCUUGGGACCUUCAGCUCACGAGAGCACCCUUGCUCAGCCCGCCCUGUCACUCCCGCACUUCGCACUGCUCGCCUGCGCGUUAAAGGCUGCUGCUUGCCUUUAAGGCAUGCCCCGGCCGGCCGGUUAAGCCGCACUGAUGCUCCCGUUUCUGGAGGUUGAACACCUCCCCUCCUCGUCGUCAUUCUACUCCGCCAUCAUCCAGCCCCUUGGCCUGCGGUACCUGUCCACCGAGGAUCGACAUUUCCCUUCCAUCACCUACGGAGACCCCUCGAGGAGUGCCCCGGUUUUCCAGAUCCGGCAGGUGGUCUCCAGCAGAGACCGGCCCCUGAGGACCUCGCGCAUUGUGCUCAGCGCCCCUUCGCCGGCCGCGGCCGACGACGCCUACGAGUUUGCCCUGCGGGCCAAUCCGGACGUCUCCCGGGACGCCCACCCCCGCCACUUCUCUGACGGGUUCGCUGCUGCCAGUGGCGCGUCGGCGCGCCGGACGGCUACGAGCGGUGGCGAAACCCGCGUGCUUAUAACCGACUUCGACGGCAACCUGAUGGAGAUUGUCUAUCAGCCGCCCGCCGACUACCCUUCCAACUACCGUGGCUCGACCGUACGCUACACCCGGUCGACCACCGACGAAGCGAGCCGCAUUCUGGACUGGAAUUACGACGUUGCCUUCUCGUCGCGCCCGUCCCCUGCCGGUCCCGGUUCGGCCUCGGGCGCCUCUCCCCGCACGGUCUCUCGUCGGCCGUACUCCCGGUAUUCCGAAGACGGCGACGAGCCGAAGCCCGGGCUCAGACGGAGUGUGACGGCGGGCUCCUCCGUCUACGAGCCUGCCACCUCGGCGCGCGAGAACUCCAACGGCCUGAGCGCUGGCGCUGUCGUUGGGACAUUGCUUGGUGUUGCUGCCGGCGCUGCUCUGGGCGGCGCAUUCACCUACAACGUAUUCAAGAGCGAGAAGAGCAGAGCUCCCCGUGAGGAAGCCGACAUGUCGUCGUUCGCCCGCCGAUCGACGUUCCCGUCAAAGUACGAUGGGUAUUCAGGUCGCAAGACGCGCUACGUCGAUGUGGAACGGGAGGUGGAGAAGGUUUGGUACCAGAGCGACUACCCAGCUCCCUCGGACUACCGCCGGCCUCCGCCCGAAUACAUCGCUCGCUACAGCAUAGUCGACGCGCCUCGGAGUAGGGACGCGGACGACAGGUACGAUGACGCGCGGGGCCGCCAACCUUUUUCCCGGUCCCGCGCCUCCUCUGCGCGGCCCCGCAGUGAGUCGGCGAGCUACAGAGAGCCGUACGGCGGCGGGGAGGCGGAGCAUCGCAGCUACGCGAGCUCGCGGAGCUCGAGGCAUCCGCCGAUCGUGCAGCGCAGCUACACAUACGACAGCCCGGACCGGGACACCUACGUCUCGGCCCGCAGUCGUCGGUCGAGCAGCACGGUCCGCGCGCCGCCGCCACCACCAGCAGCCGACCCUUUCGCGCCGCUCCCGCACGUGAGCUCGCACUCGAGGUCGGCCAGUCGGGUGAUAACAACAACGACGACAACAACAACCAUCAAAGGCGGAGGAAGCCCCCGAGUCUACAGCCGAGAGGGGAGCUACAUCUCCGCCCGCAACGUCCCGCUCCCGGAGAGCCGCGCACCGACCUACAUCUCGGCGCGCGACGUCCCCCUUCCGCCGAGCCGGCCCUCCACGUAUGUGUCGGCCCGCCACGUGCCGCUGCCUGACAGCCGCGUGGGCAGUAGCCAUGCGAGGUGGGACGACGCCGUCGGCGAUGAUGUGGACGACGACGCGGACAGCAUCGCGCCCAGCGACAGCAUCAGCUGCGUGGGCAGCCGGAGGAGCGGGCGGUCGCGCUACUGAUGUGUGUGCGUGUGCGUGUGCAAGUGUGCGUGCGUCAUUCUUGCCAACUGGCCGGGGGCUUAUCCCGCUCCCGCUCCUCUGCGGGGCUUUGCUCGAGAUACCGGCAUGCUCUAUAUAUUGUUGUGGAUCUGUGGUUGGGGAUGCUGCAUAACAGAAUGGAGGCUUGGCCUCGACUACUGAAUAACAAAACUGAAUAACAGGGACGGUCAACAGGACGAGGACUUAUCGAGGGACGACAGGUUUUACGGCCAGGGCGAUGUGGAAUCUUGUAUAAAGCGGACUGUUUGGUUAUGCAGGAUGACGAUGC